AUGGCCGAGUACGCAGACGCCAGCAAGGGCGAUGUGAUCCCUCCAAAGGAGGAGAGACACCCAGUAAAAUGGUACCGCUCAACCUUCUACAACAUGACCAUUCUCGGCCUCUGCAACCUCGCCGCGCCCGGUAUCUGGGGCGCCAUGAACUCCCUCGGCGCAGGCGGCGCCGCCUCGCCAAAGGUCGUCAACGCCGCCAACGCGCUGACCUUCUGCCUCAUGGUCGUCUCGUGCUACUUCUCGUCCGUCAUCGUUAAAUACAUCGGCAUCAAGGGCGCCUUGAUCUUUGGAACAAUGGGCUACGCCCCCUUCGCCGCCGGCCUCUACACUAACAACCGCUACGGCGUCGAGUGGCUCAUGCUCCUCGGGGCCGCCCUCUGCGGUAUAUCUGCUGGCGUUUUUUGGGCCGCGGAGGCCGCAAUCGCGAUCGCCUACCCGGAGCCCUGGAACCGCGGCAAGGCCCUCGGCUACUGGCUGACCUACCGCCUCUGCGGGCAGAUCCUCGGCGGCGCCAUCAACCUGGGCCUGAACGCCGACAACGACCAGGCCGGCAAGGUCUCGUACACCGUCUUCAUCGUCUUCAUCGCCAUCCAGGCCGCCGGCCCGUUCGUGGGGCUGCUGCUGAACAAGCCGGACCAGGUGCAGCGGCAGGACGGGCGCAAGGUCAGCUUGGAGAUUGUGGAGAACCCGUGGUUCGAGAUCAGGGCGACGACGCGGAGCUUUUUCAAUGUCAAGUUUCUGUUGGUGGUGCUGUGGAUUGGGCAGGCGGUGUUUUCGGAGGCUGUGUUUUUCACGUAUCUUGCGACUUGGUUCUCUGUGCGCUCCCGUGCGUUGGGAUCUUUUCUGUCCGGCAUCGUGGCCGUCAUCUCCGGCAACCUCCUAGGCCACUGGCUCGACCGCGCCCAAAUCUCCCUCAAAACCCGCACCCGCACCACCUUCUGGGGCCUCGUCGUGACCCAAGGCGCCUGGUGGACCUGGGCCACGAUCCUCGCGACGCGCUACCGCACCACGCGCCCGACGCACGACUGGGCGGACGGCGACUUCGGCGCCGCCUUCGCCGUCUACAUCUUCCUGACGAUCGGCUUCCAGCUCAACUACCUCUUCCUCUACUUCAUCGUCACGAACCUCGCGCGGGGUGAGGAGGAGGUCAUCCGCUACGCGGCGCUGCUUAGGGGCACCGAGAGCGCGUGGCAGGCGGUGAGCUACGGGCUGACGAGCCUGACGCUGUUCGGCGAGGUGGGCGGGAUCUACUUCAACUUUGCGCUGUGGGCGGUGGCGAUUGGGCCGGCGUGGCUCGUGUUGAAGCACUUUGGGAAUGGGGACAGAAGGGUGGAGGAGCAUUAG